CAUUGCUCCGGGCAGCUAAAAACAGGGUCCGCGAUUGAAGGACCUCUCGGCGAAGUGAACAAGAAAUGCCUCGUAAAUUAACGUAAAUUUAUAGGUUUUAUUAGGUUUUUAUUUAUUUGUAAGAGUUUUUGUGUGAUUAAGACGCAAUGGCGGAAGAAAAUGAGCUAGAAAAGCGCGCCGUGGAGGAGCUCCUGAGGGAGACUGACAGAGCCCGGGUGAGAGCAGAGACCAUGGGUCCUGCAGGAUGGUUGAAGUGUCCUCUACAGAGCACCAACAAACGCUUCUUACUCAACACCCUGCGCUCCACGGGCCUGCACCGGCGCACAGAGGAACCCCAAGCCAAAUGUUCCUCCACAAGAGGACGCCUUCGGAGCGAGUCCCCGGACAGACAGCGUGACCGCAGCAGAACGCCUCCGCCUGAUCACAGGAAUACUGGCGGCCCCUCGGAUCAUAAACGUCCUCACAUGGACCGCCGCACAAGUCGAGAUAAGAGGCCGGACAGAGAUAAGGACAGACGCAGCAGACACCAAGACGACAGAGACCGGAAACAUGCCGAUGGACAGAAAAGAGACAAAAAAAGACGGAUUCAGACUUCAUGAAUGGACCGGCUUUGUUUUUAGUCUCAGGAGCUCAUAACCGACUGAGAGGUGCUGCUGUUUGCUUUGUGUUUAAAAGAGAAAAACUUUAUUUAAAAUAUCAUUUUACAGAGAAAUAGAGUGAGUUUUGUCUCUUUGGACGUACUGGUAGAUUAUUUUCUUUUUUCCCAAUAAAAUGCAACAGAAUGAGGUCAAACAGUCUCUCUCGUGACUCAUGAUGAGGUGUAACCGUGUUCGUCACAGGAGGGGGACCUAAUCUCUAUUAUAACGCCAUUACUAUUCAUCACGUGUCAUGAUGUUUACAUAGGCCACGCUGCUGUCGCCACAGAGUAAGCAUGUUUUAUCAUUUUUUGACAUGCCGUCAAAAACUGGUUUGUUACUCAAUGAAAAAGCUAAAAAACAUUUCAUUUAUUUUGUUUCAGGAACAAUCUGUUGAUUUUGUGUGAUUGUCCUCACUUUGAGACGGCAGAUGGCCAUUAAAUCUUUCCAUUUUUUCUGA